AUGGCCGGACGCGGACGAGGCAAGGCGGCGACGCUCCCUGCAUGGAUGACCAACCCGACCAACAGCGUCGCUGCUGCGGCUGCUGCUGCUAUCAAGCCUGUCGAAGCCGUCAAGGGCCAGUUCGAUGACGCCGACAGCCGCCGGGGCCGCGACCACGGGCACAUCUCGUCGCGCGAUGCACGCGACCAUGGGCACACCUCGUCGCGCGAUGCUCGCGACCAUGGGCACACCUCAUCGCGCGAUGCCCGCGAUGAGCGAAGCGCAUCCAAGCCCGAGCACACGGAAGAGCGCAGCAACCACUCGCGUGGCGAAGAGAGCCGCCACGCGCCGUCCGAGCGAUCGGAUCGGCGGCGCGACGAGCCCCGGUCGGACCGGUACGAAUCCUCGCGCUCGAGCCGCCACGACGACCGCCGCCGCAGCCAGGAACGCAGCAGCCGCCGUGACUCGCGUGACCGCCGUGACAGACGAAGCCGCGAACGUGGCUCCAGCCGUCGUGAUUCGCGUGACCGCGGCAGCGACCGCAACCGUGGGUAUGGUUCGACGUCCGACCGCGACCGUGGCUACGGCGUCUCGUCCUCGGACCGUGACCGCGGCUACGGCUCGACGUCCGACCGUGAUCGUGGCUACGGUGUCUCGUCCUCGGAUCGUGACCGUGGGUAUGGCCGCGACACGCAGGACUCCCGCAGCCACGGCGCGUCGGACGACCGCCGUCGCAGCCGCUCGCGCGAUCGGCGCUAA